AUGACGGAACUAGUCUAUCACGACGGCCACUACCAUCCGGCCCCGGCACAGUCGGAACAACGGCACGGCACCCGCUCCGGAGGGCUGUGGCAGAAGACAUACGAGUUCUGGGACCACAUCCUCUACGGCGUUGGUAGCGUCUACUACAAGAUUCGAGGACGGAUGAAGAUGGCGGCAAUUCGACCAUUUGCAAACUUCAGAGAGAGGCCGCGCUGCCGCCGUGAUGAGGAUAGACAGCGAGUUGACGAUCCAGGGGAUGGAAAGCAGGAAAAUCACCCAAAAUAUCCUCCGGGACUGGGUCGACAUGACAUGGCAGGCUCCAUUGAUGUGCAGUGCAGAGCCGCCCAUGCCAUCUGCGCUUUGUUUCAGACUGCGACCAGCCGAGGAUCCCCUCGACAGAGCCAACCAGCAGACGGCAGUGAGAGAUUGUACAAAUGGACCUGCUUGCGUACGGUACAGUGUGUUGCGCAGCAGCGCAUGACAGACAAGAAAGCGGCGCCUGAGGAUGAGCCAGAGGUCAAACACGAGCUGGGGUUGGGGGGCCGAGAACAUCCCUGA